CCCCUCCCUUUCCUGCAAGACGUCGGGCGUGUGGGGGUCCCCUUGGUUCGGCUCCGCAGAGGCUGCCUGGGGGCGCCUGCUGGGAUCCGAAUUUGCAAGGACCUGUAAUUCGGACAGACAGAACUUGGCAGAAGAUCAAGGGAUUCCUUCAUCUCUCUUGGAGGCUUCAUGAGAGCACAGAUGGAUGAGAAAAACGCAGCUGGCCCUGAAGCAGGAAGAAGCCAUGCCAUCAGAACCGGGAGCCGUGGGGGAUUUUGGGAAAAAACUGUGCAGAAGAUCCUGAGUGAGGAGGACACCCUCUGCUCAGAGGCUCAGAGCCAGCAGUUCAGGCAGUUCUGCUUCCAGGAGGCCAAAGGACCUCGAGAGGUUUGCAGCCGACUCUACAACCUUUACCAUCAAUGGCUGAAGCCAGAAAGGCACACAAAAGCUGAGAUGCUGGACCUGGUGAUCUUGGAGCAGUUCCUGGCUGUCCUUCCACCGGAGAUGGAAAGUUGGGUGAGGGAAUGCGGAGCGGAGACCAGUUCCCAGGCAGUGGCCCUGGCCGAAGGUUUCCUCCUGAGUCAGGCAGAGGAGAGAAAGCAGGCAGAGCAGCAGAGACAGGAUCUGUUUGCAGAAAUGGGCCCAGAUUCCUCUGAGACCAAAAGGACUCCGUUGGACACCAGAGAGAGGCUGCUGGGUGACCAGAUGAUGCCAGCAAGACCUUCUCUUCCAUCUAUUCCUGGUGGGGAAGGAGAAGCAACGGCUGUGGAAGCAGCUCAGGGUCCAGUGUGCUUUGAAGAUGUCGCUGUUCAUUUCACAGAUGAGGAAUGGGCAUUGCUGGAUCCAGACCAGAGAGCUCUGCAUAAGGAAGUCAUGGAGGAGAAUCAUGGGAUCGUGGCCUCUCUCAGUGGUGAUGAUUUGGAAAUUGAGAGCGAGGAUGCCCAUGACAGAAUCCACACAGUGGAGAAGCCAUUGCUACUCUUGGAGUGUGGAGAGAGCUUCAGUCACAGUUCCCAUUUGACUACCCACCAAAGAAAUGCUAUUGAGACGAAACCCUCUCAGUUCUCUGAAUGGCGGGAAACUUUCUGUUGGAAUGAAAGCCUCACUUCACAGGAAAUAAUUCACACAGGGGAAGACCCACUGAAAUACUUGGAAUGUGGAAAGAGCUUCAGUACGAGUGCACAUCUCAUUUCACAUCAAAUAACUCACAGCAGGGAGAAACCCUAUCAGGGCUUGGAUUGUAGGGAAAGCUUUAAUACAAGCACAACCUUCCAUAAACACCAGAGAAUUCACAGGGGGGAGAAGCCAUUUCAGUGCCGAGAGUGUGGAAAGAGCUUCAGCCAAAGCACCCAUCUCACAGCCCAUCAAAUAAUUCAUACAGGUGAGAAACCCUAUCAGUGCUCGGAAUGUGGGCGGAGCUUUAAUCACAGGGCAAAUCUCACGGCCCAUCAAAGAAUUCACAGUGGUGAGAAACCCUAUCAGUGCUCAGAAUGUGGGAAGAGUUUCACUGUGAGAUCCGGUCUCGCUUCCCACCAAAGAAUUCAUACUGGGGAGAAACCCUAUCAAUGCAUGAAUUGUGGAAACAGCUUCAGUCAGAAGGCAAGUCUUAUUUCCCAUCAAAGAAUUCACAGUGGUGAGAAGCCCUAUCAGUGCUUGGAAUGUGGGAAGAGCUUCAGUCGGAAGCAAAAUCUCACUUCCCAUCAAAGAAUUCACACUGGUGAGAAACCCUAUCAGUGCUCGGAAUGUGGAAAGAGUUACUGCCAUAGAGCCAAUCUCACUUCCCACCAAAGAAUUCACAGUGCUUGGAACGUGGAAAGAGCUUCUGUAAAAGCGCCCAUCUCGCUACCCAUCAAAGCAUUCAUACCAGGGAGAAAUCCUAUCAAUGCUUGGAUUGUGGAAAGAGUUUCCUCCAGAGAGCCGAUCUCACUUCCCACCAAAGAAUUCACACAGGGGGAAAAUCAUAUCAGUGCUUGGAAUGUGGAAAAACCUUUAGUCACUGUGCCAAUCUCAUGGCACACCCAAGAAUUCACAGAGGUGAGAAACCAUAACAGUGCUCCCAAUGAGGGAAAAGCUUCACUGUGAGGUCUGGUCUCGUUUCCCAUCAAAGAAUUCACAGUGGUGAGAAACCAUAUCAGUGCUUGGAAUGUGCAAAGGGUUUCUGCCAGAAAGCCAAUCUCACUUCCCACCAAAGAAUUCACACAGGGGAGAAACCCUAUCAGUGCUUGGAAUGUGGGAGAAGCAAAGUCUCCCUUCCCAUCAGAGAAUUCACAGUGGUAAGAAACCAUCAGUGCUUGGAAUGUGAAAAGAGCUUCGGUAAGAGGACCAAGCUCAUGGUCCAUCAAAGAAUUCAUACAGGGGAGAAUCAUAGAAUUUUAGACCUGCAGGAGACCCCUGGGUCGUCUAGUCUACUGCAGGACUCUCAACUCAAGCUUCUAUGACAUAUUGCCUUCUCCUUACAACUUCUCCUUAAAAACCUCCAAGGAAGGAGAGUCCACAACCUUCCAAGGGCAUCUCUAAUUUGAAGCCAUUGGUUUGGGUCGCAGCCUCCAGAGCUGGUGAAAACAAGCUUGUUCAAUCUUCCACGUGAUAGUCCUUCCUGUUCCUCAGAAGGCUUGGUUUCCCAACGCUUAAUUGUCUUGCUCACCCCCCUCUGCACACCUUCCAGCUUGUCAAAAUCCUUCUUAAAUUGGGGCACCCAGAACCGGACACAGGACUCCAGGUGUGGUCUGAAGAAGGCAGAAGUGGGGCUGUUACUUCUCUUGAUCUGGACACUUGACUUCUUUGGACGCAACCUAGAAUAACAGCCUUUUUUGCUGCUGAAUCAUACUGUUGACUCAUGUUAGUCUAAGACCCCUUUUCCACAUGUACUACUGGCAAGCCCGGUAUCCCCCAUCUUAUAUUUGUGCAGCAAAUUCUUCUUGCCUAAGAGCAGAAUCUUACCUUUCUGCUUAGUGAAAUUUAUUGGAUGCCUUUAUAUACCACCUGUUUCUUCAAGAAGCUCAGUGUGGUCUUAAGUCAUUCUCUCCCUCAUUGUUUAAUCCUGACAUCAACCCUGUUAGGUAGGUUGGGCUGUGAAGCCAUCACCCAGUGAGCUUCAUGGCUGAGUGGGGAUUUGAACCCAGGUCUCCCAGUUCCUAGUCCAAAACUCUUAAGCACUGCACCCCACUGGCUCUCGAAUGAGACUCUUGGAAAGUGCAUGCAUGCGCAUUUAUUGAAAGUUUCAGUGCAAUGUCUUGGUGUUUGUAGUUAAAGUUUUAUACGCAUGUAUCAAUUACAUUAAUAUAUUAAUGGUAAUUACAGUAGAAGAGUAAAUUUUAGGUAAUGCUAGACAGCGAUAGGGUUAGUUUGGAAUGCUGGGAUUGAAAAAUUGAACAAUUGAACAAUUUCCACAUGAAUCACAAGAAGAUCUAAAAUAUAAAUACAAAACGGCAACAGCAACAACCCCCGAAAAAGCCCCAUGUCAUGUAUUGAUGAAGUUGUUAGAAAAUUUAUUAUGGGAAAGGGGGUAAAAGUCUUAAAAGUUCAUGCAACCAUCUUCUCAGGGUUCCUACUCUUUGUGUGAAUGAACCUUGUUGCUACAAAUAAAGAUCAGGUCUACUGACCGCUGUUUUGCUCCUUUAA